AUGCUUGUGAAUGGUUGGAUUGGACGACCCUUUGAGGUUGGCUCAGGUGUGCGUCAGGGGUGUCCUUUGAGUCCUCUGCUAUAUGCGUUUGUAAUCGAUCCCUUCAUUCGGAGGUUAGAGAGCGGACCGUUGUGUGGAGUUCCUUUGGGCAUUCCUGGGGAGCCCCCUCUGAGGGUCGUGGCCUAUGCUGAUGACGUGUCUGUUUUCAUCUCCGGGACGCAGGAGGCAGGAGAGGAGGUGGUCUCGGUGAUGGAACAGUAUGGAGGAGGAUGGAGGAGGUGGUCUCGGUGA